AUGGCGAGCUUUGAGAUCAGCAUUUUGGGGGCAUCAGGCGGCCCUCUUGAUGGUGGAAACCAGAGCAUUCUUCUCUCAGAGCCAGGUAAUUGUUUACACAAAAAGUAUAUAUGUAUUGAUGCAGGGUCUGGGUUGCGACAGAUAGCUACUAUGAUCGCAUCUCAUCAAAAAAGAUCUUCGUUGAAACAGAACUGCUGGGACGAUGCGAUCGAGAGCUUUUACGAAAGGCUCGAGGAGCCGUUGCACAGAUUCGUGGAUUCCAAGGUACGAAUAGUGCGUGGUUUGUGUAACGACAGUCUCCUGGACUCGGAUGAAUCAAUAAUCAGUGGAGCGCUCCGAGUUUUCAACAAUAUCAAGGAGUACUACAUCACACACCCACAUUUGGAUCACAUAGCCGCUUUGGUUAUAAACUCCCCUGCAUGCAGCUCUGCCGAGAAGACGCUCUGGGGGCUUCGGCCCACCACGGAGGCCCUGAGAAAGCAUGUUUUCAACGACAUUCUGUGGCCCAACCUGUUUGCUCAGAAAAAAAUGAGUUUCGAAUUACACACUCUGGAGGAAUGUCAGUCACAUCCAGUCAAAUGCAUAACCAACUGGGCCAUAACACCUUUGCGUGUCAGUCACGGCCUCACCGUGGAAAGUCAGGUGCGGUGCACUAGCACCGUAUAUCUAAUACAAAAUAGAGUUACCGAGCAGGCAGUUGCAAUUUGCGGAGAUCUGGAGUCGGAUCUCAUUUCGCACAAGCGGCUGCUAGCCAAUGUUUGGAAACACUUCAGCACAACCGUGCCCUUGGAAAAAUUGAAGUGCAUUUUAGUCGAGUGUUCUUGCUCCAAUGCUACCAAGGAUGAGCACCUUUACGGUCAUCUGUCGCCCAAUUACCUCGUCCACGAACUGAAACAGCUAAGCCGGGCUUAUGGUAGACCACUGGAUGGCCUACAGGUGAUCAUUAUGCAUGUGAAGAUGUCCCCAGGCAUGCGGGACCCUCGCCUCGUUAUUCUGCAAGAGAUAAGACAGUUGGCAGCAGCUCAGGAGCUGGGUGAUGUGAGCUUUUCAAUGGCUCUACAGGGAUACACGUUUGUACUAUAA